AUACCAAACCUGAAAAGAGAGUCAUGUCCGCUCCCGAAGAGGUGGUCGUUACGAGGCCUUCCUCCGCUGUGUGCGCACUGACGUCCCCCAGUGAUGCGGGUUUUGCAGACCCUGAAAAUUCAAUGAUCCAAGAUGUAUCCGAGAAGCUUGCACAGGCCCAGCAAGGUGAAUUCAACUUCCCUUUUGACCUCGAGGCCCAGACCGUCAAGGAGAAGCGGUGGUAUGCUCCGAUCCGUUAUACGCUCCUCGACAUAUACCGCCGUCUUUUCACAUUGGUCUUCCUCGCCAACAUCGGGGUCUUCAUUUAUGUGGUGAUCUCAAACCGAAAGCUGCUGGCGCUAAUAAACGCAGCGGCAGCAAACCUACUUGCAUGUGGCCUGGCCAGACAACCUCUUGUGGUGAACACGAUCUUCUUUACCGUAUGUUCGAUCCCGAGAUCGGCGCCACUUUGGCUACGCCGUCUCGCAUCAAAGGUAUACCACUAUGGGGGUGUUCAUAGCGGAUGCGGGAUCGCUUCGUUGGUCUGGUACCUGGGCUUCGUAGGUGAGCUGUCUCGCCAAUAUUGGUAUCCUCGGGGAGGACUUUCUACACUCUCUGUAGCACCAGUAAUCCUAACAUACUUCAUCCUGGUGCUACUGCUCGCGAUCAUCAUCGUGGCAUAUCCUGCCUUCCGAUUCAAGAAACACGACUAUUUCGAGCUCACGCAUCGCUUCUCCGGAUGGCUCAUAGUAGCCCUCUUCGUGAUUCUCCUAAUGGUCUUCGUGGACGACCUCUCCAGCGCGGAGGGCAGACCAAUGGGCCGUUUCCUGAUUGAGCUCCCAGGAUUCUGGUUCCUGAUGGUUACCGUGGUGGCCAUCGUGCAUCCAUGGUUCCUUCUUCGAAAGGUCAAGGUCACACCCGAGUACCUCUCGCCGCACGCCGUGAGACUUCAUUUCAACCACACAACAACGACCUUCGGUAAGGGCAUCCAGCUCGCCAAGCACCCGCUCCAAGACUGGCACGGGUUCGCUACCUUCCCUGACCCCGAGGGCAAGAGUUUCUCUACUCUUGUCUCCAAGGCCGGAGACUGGACCGCAGAGUGCAUCAAAGACCAGCCAACAGAGCUCUGGAAACGAGGGGUGCUCGUCUAUGGCUUCGCGUACGCGAUGAGAGUGUUCAAGCGGGUUAUUGUGGUGACCACAGGAUCCGGCAUUGGACCUUGUCUCUCAUUUCUGGGGGAUGACAACCGACCGAAGUUGCGAGUGGUGUGGCAGACGCGACAGCCCCUAAGGACCUACGGCAAGGAGAUCCUCAAUUUGGUUUCCAAGAUGGAUCCAGACCCGGUGAUCAUCGAUACCAAUUCAUCGGGGCGCAUAGAUAUGGUCCCGAUUAUUCGACAAAUCGCAAAGGAGUUUGAUGCGGAGGGGGCCUAUAUUUGACUCUUGAUGAUAAAACGAUGAUGAUCAUGAUGAUAUAUUUCAUGAAUUUGAGUGUUGCAUUCUGUUCUGGUUUGUUUUUACCCCUCUUUUAUUGCUUUUCACAUGUCUCUACUGGUUAUGAUGUUCAAGCAUUGAAGGAGUUAUUAGCAUGUAUGUCUCUUCCAGAGAGAAAAGUGAAGUGAGAAAUUUAGUGAACGAGAAAGGGAAAUAAAAGCACAGAUGAAAAGAAGGAGGAGGGGAAAGAGAGAGAGAGAGAGAGAGAGAGAGAGACUGUAUAGUUAGUUAUACCCCACCUGACCUGGAUUUAGUGGCAUGUUGCGCACAUUCCUGCGCUGCUUUAAAGUAUCAUAUCAUACAUUUAAGCCACCAAAUGCAUCGGAUUAUGUAUUUAUUGCCGUUCUGCCUGCAUUUGAUUUUAUUGCCGAUG